CUCACACACUCGCAUCUCUCUCUCUCUCUCUCUCUCUCUCUCUCCUCGUGCUUCGGAGAGUGGGAGAAUUAAAACCCACGGCGAAGCCAUGGCCCGAGCAUCGGCGGCUACGCAUGCUCGCUCCGGCGCGGCGGCGGCGGCGCACUGGGAGGUGGAGUACGCGCGCUUCUUCAACUUCCCUCGCCGGAGCCCCUCCUCCUCCGCCGCCGCCGCUCUACUCCGACCGCUGAGGAAGAAGAAGCUCCGAUCGGGGGGCACGUGGAUCGCCGCCGCCUCCGCCGCCUCGCUCCGCCUCGUCGCGCGCCGACCCGCCUCCGUCGCCGUCCUCUCCGUCUCCAUCGGCGACGACGUCAUCGAAGAGCACUUUGUGUCGAAUCUCCACUUCUCGUGGCCGCAGGUGUCGCGCGACACCCAAUGCCCGAUCAGAGGGAGCAGAGUGGUGUUGCUCAGCUACAGGGAUAGCUCAAACGAGAUUCAGAAGUUUGCCAUGCGGUUUCUCACAGGUUCUAGUGCAGAAACUUUCGUAAAUUGUGUGAAGGAGUGCUCGAGGGAUACAAUGGACAUAUUACUUCCUGGAAGUGAUUUUGUUGGUGAUGAUUCAUCGGCAUCUGAAUAUAAUGCUUCAAGCAGGCUUCAUUAUGGGUACAAUGAGAUGUCAAAUAGUGGAGAAGCUGUUGGAAUAAAUGAGGAACAAGAGGACUUGUCCUGUCAACCUCUCCUUGCUAACAAUAUAGAGACCAUUUUCUCGAACUUUCCUUGCAGCUUCACUGAGCAACCGAACAGUUGCGCGAAUGACAAUGGAAAAGGUGCUGAAGGACAACUAAAAUUGACGGAGGAAGCUGAUCUGAAGUCUUUGGUAGAGAAAUACUCGGCUGAUGCUUCUUUUUAUGAUAUGUUACUCAAGCUCGACAAAGUUAUCGAUCAUUUGGGUGGAGACUUGGCACUCAGCUAAGCUGUUCUCUUUCCUGCUUGAAAGACCUGAUGCUACGUUUGUAUUUCUUUGCUUUCGCCGUCUUUCUCUUCUUUUUUUUUGUCUUUUUUUAACUUGCGAACUUACGAUAUUAGCAACAGUAACAGCUAGUUGAUCACAAAGGGCAAUGUACAGUUCCCUUGUCUACAGAAACCACAAGUAUAUGACAAUACUCAAAAGAGAAACAAGAGAAACAUAUCAAAACACUAGCUAUUAUAGAACACCUUUUCUUAAAAUUUUUCUUUUUCUGUUCUUUUAUUUUUGUAUCAGUUGAAGCUACAAAGAAAGGUAUUCUCUACUCGUAAUGUCUUCAUAUAAAGUUUCACAGGUUGAAAUCUGAA